AUGGGCCUCUCGGCCUCAGCCCCGCUCUGGGGGCCCCCGGGGUUGCUCCUGACCGUCGCCUUGCACCCGGCGCUGUCCCCGCGCCCCAGCGAGGCCUCGGCCUCCCCUCCCCGGGACUACUGCGUGCUGGGCGCGGGGCCGGCGGGCCUGCAGAUGGCCUAUUUCCUGCAGCGGGCCGGCAGGGACUACGCGGUGUUCGAGCGCGCCUCGCGCCCGGGCAGCUUCUUCACGCGGUACCCGCGCCACCGCAAGCUCAUCAGCAUCAACAAGCGCUACACGGGCAAGGCCAACGCCGAGUUCAACCUGCGCCACGACUGGAACUCGCUGCUCAGCCACGACCCCGCGCUGCUCUUCCGCCGCUACUCCGACGCCUACUUCCCCGACGCCCGCGACAUGCUGCGCUACCUGGACGACUUCGCGCGCCGCCUGCGCCUCCGCGUCCUCUUCGACACCGACAUCGCCCACGUCACGCUGGACAAGGAUCGGGCGGCCUGGAAUGGCCACUACUUCGUCCUCACUGACCGGAAGGGCCAGGCACACCGGUGCAGGGUCCUGUUUGUCGCCACUGGUUUGUCUGUCCCCAAUCUGGUCGACUUCCCCGGCUCCGAACACGCAGAGGGGUACGAGUCUGUAUCCGUGGACCCUAAGGAUUUUGUGGGGCAGAACGUGCUGAUCCUGGGCCGCGGGAACUCGGCCUUUGAGACGGCCGAGAGCAUCCUGGGAGUCACCAACUUCAUCCACAUGCUGGGCCGCUCGCGCGUGCGUCUCUCCUGGGCCACGCAUUACGUGGGUGACCUCAGGGCCAUCAACAACGGCCUGCUGGACACCUACCAGCUGAAGUCCCUGGACGGCCUCCUGGAGUCAGACCUGAGGGACCUAGCCCUGGUCAAAGACCGCGAUGGCAAGCUCCACGUCACACUGCGCUUCUUCCUGGAGGGGGCCAACCAGAGCGCCGAGGCCAUCCCCCUCCCCCAGGACGACAGCGACAACUUCGCCCUGCGCGUCGCCUACGACCGUGUCAUCCGCUGCCUCGGCUGGAACUUCGACUUCUCCAUUUUCAAUCAGUCCCUCCGCCUCUCUUCCGAGGGUGAGCUCAGUAAGAAGUACCCCCUCGUCAGAGCCAGCUACGAGUCCCGAGGAACCCGGGGCCUCUUUGUACUGGGCACGGCCAGCCACUCGGUGGAUUACAGGAAGUCGGCCGGCGGUUUCAUCCACGGCUUCCGAUACACAGCUCGCGCCGUGCACCGGCUCCUGGAACAUCGCCACCAUGGCCUGGCCUGGCCGGCCACCCAGCUCCCCAUCACCCAGCUCUGCAGUGCCAUCCUGCGGCGUGUGAAUGAGGCAUCGGGGCUGUACCAGAUGUUCGGGGUGCUGGCCGACAUCGUCCUGCUCCAGGAGAAUGCCACCACAUUCGAGUACCUGGAGGAGUUCCCCGUGCAGAUGCUGGCCCAGCUGGAGUCGCUCACGGGCCGGCGGGCCCCACACGGGCUCCUGGUCAUCGUCAUGGAGUACGGCCGCAACUUCUCAGGCCCCGACAAGGAUGUCUUCUUCCCCGACCGCUCCGUGGGGCACACGCAGGAUGCCUGGCAGUCCAACUUCCUCCACCCUGUCAUCUACUACUACCGGCAACUACCCACUGAGCAGGAGGUGAGGUUCCGGCCUGCACAGUGGCCGCUGCCCCGGCCCGCAGCCAUCCACCACAUCGUGGAGGACUUCCUGACAGACUGGACUGCCCCUGUGGGCCACAUCUUGCCUCUGAGGCGCUUCCUGGAGAACUGCCUGGACACAGAUCUGCGAAGCUUCUAUGCAGAUUCCUGUUUCGUCUUCGCCCUCACCCAGCGGAGGCUGCCGCCCUUCUGCCAGCAGGGAUACCUCCGGGCACGGGGGCUCGUGGGCACGGAAAGCCUCCAGCAACGCCGAGCAGACAGCGGGCUCCUGGGGAAAGCCAGGUGGUGGCCGGGCCGCCGUGGGCCGGCUCAACGGACCCCGGGGGCUGCCACCACCCCUGAAUUCCCCCGCAAGAGCCACAAGGAGGAACUGUAGCAGAUGGG